UAGUGCGAGCUUCCGUAGACGCUCCUCGUUACCAAGGCAGCCAGAAGGUAAGCCAGAAGUCGACAACACGUCACUUUUUUUUUCCUUUUUACAUUUUUAAACCAACUUUUGAGCAUGACGGACUUUCCGCGUUUCAGUGGGUGUUUAAUUACCGCCAUGUUAUCGUGUGAAAACUUUUGUUUGCCAGCUACUAAACCCUAGUUUGUCGUGAAUGCUAGUCCUCGCUAGCCGGAACAGCAACAAGUAGUUUUGCCAGCGAGUUAGCUUCCAAGAGCAUCUAUGCGCCCGCCAUCAUGGGCACGGCGUCCUCCCUGGUCAGCCCGGGCGAGGUGAUCGAGGACGGCUACGGGGCCGACGGCGGAGAGGCCUGCGAGAUCCCCGUGGAGGUCAAGCCCAAAGCCCGGCUACUGCGCAGCUCCUUCCGCCGGGGGCCACGGGUGAUCGGCGCCAGUUUCAAGUCGACGGGCUCCGUGGACCUGGAGUACGCCGCCGAGUACGAACGCCUCCGGAAAGAGUACGAGAUCUUCCGUGUCAGCAAGAACAACGAGAUUACGUCCAUGCAAAAGAAGGAGGCCAAGCUGGACGAGGAGAACAAGAGGCUGAGAGCCGAGCUACAGGCUUUGCAGAAGACCUACCAGAAGAUCCUGAGGGAGAAGGAGAACGCGUUGGAGACAAAGUACCAGGCAAUGGAGAGGGCUUCCACCUUUGAGCACGACCGGGACAAAGUGAAAAGACAAUUUAAGAUCUUUCGGGAGACGAAGGAGAAGGAAAUUCAGGAUCUCCUUCGUGCUAAGAGGGACUUGGAAUCCAAACUGCAACAGCUGCAAGCUCAGGGCAUCCAGGUUUACUCUCCCAAUGAUUCGGAUUCAGACGACAACCAAACCACUGUGACAGCUGCAGGUAACCAGUGUGAGUACUGGACUGGAGGUGUGCUGGGAAGCGAGCCCUCCAUGGGCAGCAUGAUGCAACUGCAGCAGAUGUUUCGUGGACCAGAGUUGGCACAAAGCCUAAUGGACGUGGAGGGCCCUUUUGCCAACGUGAGCAGAGAUGAUUGGGAUGCUGCAGUGGCCAGCCUGCUGCAGGUGUCUCCACAUGUGCCACAGGCCUUGUGGAGCAACACGGUGCGCUGCUACUUCAUCUCCACGUCAGAGACCAAAGCAGAGAUGGACAUCUUUAGCAAGAAAUACUCUCCUGCCCUAAGAAGGCUGUGUGAGGCUCUGGGACAUUUCUAUCUAAACGUCUGCUUUCCAAAAGACAAUGCUGCCUUAUACGCUUUGGUACGAAAGCAGGAGAUAGAGAGGAGUUCCGUGUGUGUGCUGCUUCUCAAAUCCACUGUCAGCAGCUCCGUGGUGGAGGACUGCCAGGAGGCGUUUGUGAAAAAUCCAGAUGGCCAUCCUUUAAUGCUGUACCUCAAGACUCAAGAAGACGCUGACCUGUCUGGCCCGACGAGGACACUUCUGGAGAGGCUCAAUGCUGCAGACACCGCUGCUAAGAUUAAGGUGCUGGAUCACAGCGGUUCUGCAGAGGAUGGCGCUGCCCUCAUUUCUGCUCAGCUGGAGAAAGUCAUCAAGCAGGAGUUACUCGGUCUCGAAGGAGCAGACGUCGACCCGAAGGACUCUGGGCUUGACGACGGCCGUGAGGAAGACUCGGGCGAUGUCCUGUGGGACCUGCAUGAUGAGCAGGAGCAGAUGGAGUCCUACCACCAGGCUUGCAGCAGCACCGCCUCCCAGAUGGGAUUCCAGAAGUAUGUGGAGCGUCUCAACGACAUGAUCGCCGCCCCUCCUCCGACGCCCCCUCUGCUGGUGUCAGGUGGGCCAGGGUCUGGAAAGUCUCUCCUGCUCGCCAAAUGGAUGGAACUGCAGCAGAAGCAGACCCCCAACACCUUGUUCCUGUACCAUUUUGUGGGACACCCCUUUUCCUCCAGCUCAGAGCCUGUCCUUAUCAUCAAGCGCCUCACGGUCAAACUACUCCAACACUUCUGGUCCAUUUUGGGCUUGUCCAUGGAGCCCGGCAAGAUCUUGGAGGAGUUCCCACGCUGGCUGGAGAGGCUGUCGGCGCGUCACCACGGCAACAUCAUCAUCAUUAUUGACUCUAUCGACCAAAUACAGCAAGCAGAAAGACACAUGAAGUGGCUGCUUGACCCGCUGCCCGUCAAUGUCAGAGUGGUUGUGUCUGUCAACGUAGAGACAUGUCCUCAAGCCUGGAGACUUUGGCCCACUCUCCACCUGGAUCCACUGAGUGUCACGGAGGUCAGGAAUGUGGUGACUGCAGAGUGCCAAAGCAUGGAUAUCCAACUGUCCAAGGAUCAGGAGAAGAAGCUGGAGAAGCAUUGCCGUUCUGCAUCGACCUGCAACGCUCUAUACGUCACACUGUUGGCAAGGAUAAUCACCAGUUGCUGGUGCUGGUCGCUGGAGAAGAGCCUUGAGCAGUGCCUCCAGUGUCAGGACACCCUGGCACUCUACCGCCUCGCGCUCAAAAUGAUUCUGGACAGCUCCGAACGAGAGCAACACUUCAUGAGAGAGAUACUCUGCCUUGUGUAUUCUAGCCACAAUGGAGUGAGUGAAUCAGAGCUUCUAGAUCUUUUCCCUGAAAUGGAAUUUGCCGUGCUGUCCUCACUGCUGUACCGUCUGAGCAGACUCUGCAUCGUCACCCUGCGCUGUGGCCUCAUCAGGUUCCAGCACUUGCAGGUGUGGGAAGCAGUGAGGUUGGACUUCCUGAGCAGUGGAUGCAGCGCCAGUACCUACAGGGACAAACUGAUCCACUACUUUAGCCAGCAACUCAGUCAUGACGGUGUGACGUGGCGUGUGGCAGACGAGUUGCCCUGGUUGCUGCAGCAACAGGAGGACAAAAGCAAACUCCAACUCAGCCUCUUGAAUCUUUUUGUGUCCCAGAACCUUUACAAAAGGGGCCAUUUCUCCGAGCUGCUGGCCUACUGGCAGUAUGUGGGCAAGGACAAGAGCUCCAUGGCCACAGAGUACUUUGACGCGCUGAAACACUAUGAAAAGAACUGCGCCAGUGAGGAGAGCAUGAGGAACCUGGCCAACUUGUACGAGACCUUGGGGCGCUUCCUGAAAGACCUCGGCCUCCCCAGUCAGGCCAUGGCUCCUCUACAGCGGUCACUUGAGAUCAGGGAGACCGCCCUGGACCCAGACCACCCGAGCGUGGCGCGCUCCUUGCACCAGCUGGCCGGGGUCUACGUCCAGUGGAAGAAGUACGGCAAUGCGGAGCAGCUCUACAAGCAGGCGCUGGAGAUCAGCGAGAACGCCUACGGGCCCGAGCACGCCAGCGUGGCGCAGGAGUUGGAGUCUCUCGCUGUGCUCUACCAGAAACAGAACAAGUAUGAACAAGCUGAGAAGCUGAAGAAGAGGUCCAUGAAGAUAAGGCAGAAAACUGCUCACCAGAAAGGUCACAUGUACGGCUUCACUUUGUUGCGUCGCCGAGCCCUCCAGCUUGAAGAGCUCACCCUGGGCGCAGAUUCUGCGGACUGUGCCAAAACUCUCAAUGAAUUGGGCGUGCUCUACUACCUCCAAAACAACCUGGACGCCGCCAAGGUGUUCCUGACCCGCUCCCUGCAGAUGCGCCAGCGGGUCCUGGGUCCUGAUCAUCCUGACUGCGCUCAGUCCCUCAACAACCUGGCCGCGCUUCACACGGAGAGGCGGGACUACGAAGCGGCCGAGGACAUGUACGAGAGGGCGCUGGACAUCCGCAAAAGGGCCCUGUCCCCCGACCACCCCUUGCUGGCCUACACGCUCAAACACCUGGCCAUGCUGUAUAAGCGCAGGGGGAAGCUGGAGAAGGCGGUGCCACUCUAUGAGCUCUCGCUGGACAUCAGAGAAAAGAGUUUUGGACCCAAACACCCCAGUGUGGCCACAGCACUGGUCAACCUGGCAGUGAGCUACUGCCAGCUGGUAACUUUCAUUGAUUAUUAAUACUUUCAACCUGUGUUGGCGGCCAAAACAAUUUCCCCAGCAGAGCAAAGUAAUGUUAUACAUUUUGUUGAUAGCUUGAGUCUCAGUUAUUUGUGAUAUAGCAAGUACAUCACUGACAAACACCCUCACACAGCAACACUUUAUUCCCUGCCUCACAGUUAAUUCUAUAUAUACUGUAGUCAUCUCCUUCUGUUUAGAUACACACUCUCAGUUGUACUUUUAUACACACAUAUAGAGUAGGGCUGGGCGAUAUGGCCUUUUUUUAAUAUCUCUAUAAGUUUAGGCCAUAUCGCAAUACACAAUAUAUAUCUCGAUAUUUUGCCUUAGCCUUAAAUGAACACUUGAUGCAUAUAAUCACAGCAGUAUGAUGAUUCUAUGUGUCUACAUGAAAACAUUCUUCUUCAUACUGCUUUAAUACAUGCUACUUUUAAACUUUCAGCAGAGAAGGAUAUCACAACUAAGUCAAUUGACCAAAACUGUAUUUAUUAAACAGUUAUUAAGCAGUGGCACAAACGUUCAUGUCAUUUCCAAAACAGAAAGUGCAAGAUUGUCAGACACAUUUUAAGUGUCAAAUAAAAAUUAGCUGCAUAAUAGGAAAUCAAAUAGUGUUCUUCUUUCGCUAUGUGGUAGGUUUUUACGGAUGUUACUAAAUUCUAUUUUUUUCAUUCGGUGUUGAUGUGGAAAUGUUUGCCUCUGCAUUUUGAUGGUGUGGGCGUGUGGCACCGAACGGAGAUGUUGACAUGCGAAGUAAGCACUCUUCAUUCUCUAGCACAGGGGUGCCCAUUACGUCGAUCGCGAGCUACCGGUUGAUCGCGGAGGAUGUGUUAGUCGAUCGCCAGCCAGGCAUUUAAAAAAAUAGACCCAAAAAUUAGCGAUCAUCAAUUUUCACCAAGACGUCACUUUCGUCACUUGAUUGACAUUCACGACACCUGAGGGUCUUGCGAGAUGACACUGGCUGCUGCGAGCUUAUUAUUAAGAAAAGGUGAUAGACAGGAAGGCGAGAAACACUUUUUAUUUCAACACAUUCAUGCCGUACCUGCUGUCAAAACCCUAAAGACCAACUGCACAGUUCCUAUCUUCACAAUAAAAGCGCUGCUUCCUCUUGGCUGGGCUAACAAAAUAAGAGUUUCAGAAAGCUGGCGUGCACAAGCUAGCAAGCUACGGAGCUAAGGGAUUUCUUGUAAAGUGUAUAAAAACGAGUAUGGCAGCUGGACAAAUAAGAUGCCAAAAACUAACCACUUUCAUGUGGUAUUGGGCAGAAAGGAGGACUUUUGUUUUCCUCCAUUUGAAAAUGCCGUCGUUAUCCGCACUUCUGUCGGAUUCCAAUCAAUGCAAGUCAUCCGAAUCAGGUAAUACUCCAACUUAUAUUCUUAUCUUCAUGGAAAAAAGGACUCUAUAUGUGUUAAACAUUAUUGCAUUAUCAUUAAAAACCUUUUAAUAUGUG